UUUUAUAAAAUUAUAAAUCGUAGAUAGUUGGGAUAUUUACAGGGUAGGGGAUAUACUUUACUCAAAGAUUUGUAGAACAUUAACAAGUUAAAACUCCAUGCCCUAGAUGGUGCAAAGGGCUGUGUCCAUCUCCAUUUCUGUAGCCCUUAGGCCACACAGCUUUGUGCUAAUCACUACAGCAGCUGCGUAGGUCACCGCUAGUGUGUGUUCAACUACGUUAGACUCUUUUCCAAAUGCUGGGUUCUAAGAAAGAAUACAGCAUGUACAAUUUUUAUAGUUGUUGGUUUGACUGCCAGGGAUUGAACUCUCAACCUACUUGACACACUAGCUACUCACUUGGUCAUUCCACCAUUGUGAUGGUCACUAUUUUUACUUGAAGUGAUAUAAAGUAGGUACAUGUAACUGCAAACAUUUCUUUUGAUCAGAGAUAAUUAAUUGUCAUCACCUACACGUGAUUAGAAGGUAAAAGCCUCUGUUCCAGUAGAAUGUGAGGUACUAUUGGUUGGUUGCACUCACGUGACCAAAACGUCACAUGCAGCUUUUGCUGUGCAGAUCUGACAGGUUCAACCAACCAGCAUGGCGGCUAUGACGUCACAUAUAAGCACUGAUAUCUGGCACGGAUGUCUGCAUUGGGUAUUUUGGGAUAUCAUUUGAAGACUUGGCGGGCAUUCUCAACUUCAUUGCUAAAUGUGUACAUCUGUUUGACUUCAAUUUUCAAUGCUGCACGCACUCCAAUAUAAUACAGCUAAAUAGCAAGGACGUUAUAUGAGACGUCCUUGUAAAUAGUAAACGUUUACACCUAAUGAAUUCAUUGUCCCUGUAAUAGAUAGUUAUACCAAUGUAGAGAACGCAAAAAAAGCCACUUCGAAUGAAUUUUCUGUCCUGAGCGCGACAGCACAGUGAAUUAUACUUGUGUGACCAUUGAUGAUUUUAAGAAUAGAAUAUUGUGAACAAUACAGAAAUUUGAUAUUUAAGACAACAAAACGCACAGAAUUUUAAAAGAUUUGUUCUUCAUCUAUAAAUUUCGUUGGGAGCGAUCUGUCAAAUUUUUGAUUACAGGGUGGUCGCAGCCCCAAGUGAGGAGUGGGUAUUAAAGGGGUUUUCUCCUGUCAACGCCACACGUCACACUUGACAUUAUAAAUCUGCCUUCCCGCCCAUAUGACGGGUGAUCUAUCUUAAUGGUAGACACAAAUACCCCGCCAGUGUUUUUAGCAUUGCUCCGACCCCAGUAAGCCUUGAUCGCUCUUCUGCAAAUAACUGUAGCUAUCCGCGGCAUUUGGCGGUCCCGCGACAAGCGCAGAGUUCUCUGCGAGCUUGUUUGUCUACUUCAGAUCGGGCGCCGCCGAACGCCCCUCCUGCCGCUGAUAUUUUGAAAGAACUACGCUACUAGAGGUACAACAUACGGUGUCAAACGCGGAGGCCAUUUUCCUAGUCCAAGUCUUUAUCGUUUGCAGCUUUCGUCCGGUCUUUGAGAAGGUAUAGAUGCUAUAAAAGCAACAAUGAUCUGGACCACCUACUUUGUUGUUGUGUUUAUGAUAUUGUCAGCCGAAUAUUCGGUAUUGUCAGAGGCCGGCUUCUCUGGGGAAAUUGACGAUCUGCUGUUCCAAAUAUUAAUGGACUCGUCCUUCGAACCGAGUUCGCUCUUGAAAAUGCCUGACUUCAGCCUGGGGCCCUUCCCUCCACCUCCCAUACCCCCUCCUCCACCGCCUACGUCUGUCCUGAAGAGGCUGAGGCCGUCGGGAGAAGUCGGGCCAAGGCCGGAAAUUCCGGUGGAACCCGACGGAGAGCACGAAGUCACACCGACCUCAACGCCGACAACUGUUACCGGCGUUUUUAAACCAAAGCCCGACGGUACCUGUGAAGUCACGUGUCCGUCGUCCCCUGGUCCACCGGGGACCCCCGGGCCACCUGGUCCACCGGGCUACCCUGGCCCUAAGGGAGAUCCUGGAUCUGGAUCAGGAGGAUCUGGAUCAUCAGGAGGGAUAAAGGGAGAACCCGGAUCGCCUGGUCUUCGUGGACCAACGGGUAAAGUUGGGCCUCCCGGUAAUAAGGGCUCCCGGGGUCUGCGAGGGCCUUUCGGCCUACCAGGUCGGAAGGGUGACAAGGGUGAUCCCGGUCCGGAGGGAACGCGGGGAGAAAGGGGGCAAAAAGGAGAGAGAGGAUUACCUGGUGUAAUAGGACCAAAAGGAGAUAAGGUGUGACACCGACCUUUCUUA